AUGCUCAUCCCAAACCUGGAUACCAAUAGCGGAGUUGUCUCCGUCUCAGCUAUGGAAGGACUAACGCUCAAGCAGUGGCGACUGGGCGAGAAGCUCGGCUCAGGCGCAUGCAGCGACGUCUACGCCGUGACGUCUCUCAAUAGCGACACCGACCGUCAGUACGUCAUGAAGCUCUCGCCACUCCCGCAGUUACCAGCCGCCAAGCUCAAGAACAAGAAGAGGAAGAAGACGCCGGCGGAGCGCAAUGCUGACGCUCUGUAUGCUGAGCAUUUGCUCUAUAAAAACCAUCUGAGGGACCAGCCUGGUAUUCCCUACGUGCCACUAGGAGCUUACGGAGAGGAUAAGGGAUACCGCUUUAUCGUCAUGGAGAGGCUGGGGCGUACCCUCGAAACGGUGCUGCAAGAGCAGGGCCCUGUUCCGUCGGAAACAGCAGCUCGACUGGGCCAAGAGAUUCUGGAGACCUUGCAGCAGAUGCACACAAAGAACAUUCUCUAUGUGGACGUAAAGCCGGAAAACUUUAUGCUGAACAUGGGGAAAGAAAAUAAAGUGUACUGCGUGGAUUUCGGGAUCUCCGAUCGCUAUGUGACAGCGACAGGCAAGCACAAAGAACUCAAAGAGGGGACAGUAGUGGGCACGCCGACGUUCCUCAGCAUUCAUUGCCACAACGGUCUCACCUCCAGCCGUCGGGACGACAUCGAGUCGCUUUUGUACGUGCUGAUUUACUUGAUUCGAGGUGAUCUUCCUUGGCAGUGCGCAUCAAGUGAUGCCGAAGGUGCCAGAAUCAAGAGCGCAACCUCGGUUGACCAGCUCUGUUCUUCACUUCCUAAAGCAUGGGGCACGAUGCUGACACGUAUCCGUGCGUGUGGCUUUGAGGAUCGUCCGGAUUACGACUUCUUCGAACAACAGUUUUCGAUGCUGGGAGGCAAAAAGGGCCUGAAUGCACCAUUCAAGUGGGGCACACGCAAGAUGGGAAAAGCGACUGCGGAGCUCACCUCAUCGCAAGUAUCUGCUGUAAAUAGCCCCAUUCGCAAGCGCGUCAAAAGUGCCGACGACGUACUUCCAGCACCUCUUCUUGCCGUCACGAAGACCAAAAAGACGGCGAAAGCCAAAACAACGUCCCGCUCUAGCAGCAAAGCGAUAAGCAAACAAGUGGCCGCAUCAGAUGUCAAGCGCACACCGAAGAUAGACGUCAUCGUGGAGCCUAUGCACGCGUCCAAAGACCGAGAAGUUUUCAAGGCCAUCGCAGGCCACGCUGCCGCCACUGCCGCUAUCAAGCGCUACAAUCUCCGCUCAGCUCAUCAAGACUAG